AUGGCAUUCCACAUUGGAACUAGAACUUUUGGAGGCUCUUCAGUUCUGAAGUCUGCACAAAAUUUGGCAGAAUUGACGAAACUUGGUUGCACCGUUGUGCAUGAAGUGGAUGCUCAAACUAUGAGCGAACACCCACUUCUCAAACCCAUGUGUUUUGACCGCAUUGUCUUCAAUUUCCCACAUGCUGGAUUUGUUUAUCAGGAAAAUGAUAUUCGCCAGAUUGAGCUUCACAAGGACGUUGUAUCUGGGUUUUUGAAGAGUGCAAGGAAUAUGGUAAGCGAUGAUGGAGAAAUUCAUGUGACACACAAGAAUUCUCAUCCUUAUAAUUUGUGGGAAAUAGUGAAGUUGGCAGAGAAGGUAAAUUUGCAAUUGGUUGAGAAGGUGCCGUUUUAUGCGUACCACUAUCUUGGUUACGUAAACAAGAGAGGAUCUGGAGUUAGAUGCGACCAAUCUUUCCCCGUUGGUGAUUGCAGCACCUUCAAAUUUGCCAAGGCAAGUGUUGUGGAUCUUUUGGGCUUGUAG